AUGCUGUCUGUCACGGCGGUACAGACGAAUGCUUGGCACUGGUUGUUGGAAGUCGCAGAACGUCGCCCGGCUGACGCUGAUUUAAACCAGGGCCCAGGCGGGAUGCUGUCGAUCUUUUUGUGUUGUGGGCGCCAUCUCCAUGUGCUUUCGUUUUAUGCUCAUUGCUCUCUCUACUGCCUUUUGCUUAAUCGAGAAGAGCAUCCUCCUGAACGGUACUCAGAGGCUGGCCGACGCACCCCUUCCUUUCGUGGCCAAGCCUUUGACGCGACGCAUCAGCUUGGCGCAAAGGUUGCAGGACGGCUGGCUUGCGUGACUCUAUCAUGUGUUUCGGUGUGUGAACACGAAGAGCGCAGCAGAACAGGCCGUCGUCAGGGGCCGGCAAUUGGGUGCGACAACCUCGAAAGCGGACAAUUCAGAGUGGCCCAACUCUGGCUCCAUUGUCUUGUUUGUCGGAUUUGCUCACAUCUCAAAGCUCUACCGCUGCACUGGACGCCCUACUCGAGGCCUCCUGUACCAGCCAGACGGCCUGUGGAGAUGGGACUUGAGAGUCCAGUUCGUUUGCGAACCAGAAAGCUUCGCUCUCCUCUUGACAGCCACCCGAUUGCUUCGUGUGUAUGGCGGCCUUCAAUUGUUCACAUUUAUACAGAUGAAUAG